AUUAGAUAACCCAUAUCGCUUUAUCGUAUACAAAAACUAUAACUGUCGACUGACAAUGACUGGCAAUGUAUACUUGAUAAAAAUAAAAAUUAUCGUUCCUAGGCCAAAAAAAUAAUAUCGUUACUGCAAGUAGUUAGUAGUAUGUAGUUAUUAUAGACAAGUACUAUUUAAUUGCCGUAAGUGAUUAUAGUUUGUGAUAUGAUGUCAUGUGGUUAGUGUUGAAGUGACGAUCAGCUUAAAAGACAAUGUUUAUUCCUUACAUAAUUUUUGCUUUGGAUAUUGCAAAUUUUGUUUGCUUUAAUUCCGUAUAUGUUCCACAAGUCCUAGGUCUUGAUGGACCCUACACAUUCUUUGGUAUCACUGGAACUGCCACAGCGUUUUUUAGUUUCUUAUGGAAGCCUAUAGCGGGCCGACUCAGUGACGAAAAAGGCCCCACUCUACUCUUAUUCUGGUGUAUGGUUGGAGGAUUGGUUGGUACGAUAUUAUCCUAUUUAAGUGGAUCUCUAUACUUUUUAUUUUUCGCCAGAAUAAUAGCAUCAAUUGGAAGCCCUAGUCAAAUAAUCCUGCGCACCAUUAUUACACAACUAGAUGCCGAACACCAAGCAGAACAUGUCAGUAGGCUGGGUAUAAUCGGUGCUUUGAUUGGAGUGGGAGCAGCUUUACUUUCAGGGCAUCUUAUGGAAUUAUCCAAUGGAUUCUCUUACUUAUACAGUAUUAUUAUACUAAACAGUAUUUUAAUCUUAGGAUUUGUGAAACUUUUACCCGUAAUUCAACCGAACAAAAAAGAAGAAUCAGAGCUUUCAAAACCAGUACUUGAAGAAAUUACUACAGCACUCAAAAACCUCAAAACCUACUCUACAUCUACAACAUACUCUCAUAUCUUCCUUCUUAAAGCUUUAACAGCGAUCAGUUAUGGUAUACCCGAUAUGAAUAUGGUGCUAAUCUUCAACAGCAUAGGGAUAAAACAGAAAAACAUAGCGUAUAUGUUCACAGUUAUGUGCAUCGUCACUGUCUUAUCAAAUAUCGCCUUGCUGAAAAUUAAUAAAAAGUACUACAUUGGAGAUAUUGGCUAUAGAAGGAUCUUUCAUAGCAGCCUGUUGUUGGCAGCUGCAAAUAGUAUACUAAGUGGAACUUCUAAUCUCUGGGUAUACGUUUCUUUUAUCCUGAUUAUUUCCUGUAGUAGAGUACAAACUGAUAAUACUACAAUGGAGCUGCUGCUGCAAAAGAUUGGCUCUGAUGAAAAAGCUGUGGUGUUGGGUUGUUUCGACAGUAUACAAAGUUUGUCGGAUCUCUUGUGUCCUAUCAUUAGUAGUCUAGCUAUGCAGUUUGUGGGUAUGCAUAGUGUGUAUACCAUCUCUGCUGUUUUUAUAACAUUGUGUAGUGCUAUAGUAUAUAGAGCGCAAUCUUUGGCAGAAAAAAUAAAAAAGCAAUAAAAUACUCAAUAAAAAAUCUGCAAUAUACCAAAUGAUAAUAAA